UUUCCACUUGCUAUGUAAAUGAUGAUAUGAAUGAAUGAACAUAAUGCAGAAUCAUUGAAUUCCCAUCCAACACCUUUACUACUAACUUCACCAACCCAACUCUCAUUUCCAUUUAUGAAACCCUCCCAACAUUUUUACCACUACACAUUUACACAACACUGUCAAUUUUCUAAGUAUCUUUUUCUUCCUUUUUUAGUCUUGUUUAUUUUAUAUAAAAGAUUUGGACUUCUUUUUUUUGUCUUUGUUGAAACACAAAGACAAAGCAUUUAUGUUGUUGUAUUUGUUGGUUUCAUUAGUAGACAUGCAACAAGGUAAGUAAGUUCACAUUAUUCAGAAACCCCAAAAUCUUAGUUGUCCUCUGAAAAUCCCAUUAUCUUCUCAAUUCUUGUUUAAAGAUUUGAUUUUUAACCAUUUUUCUUGUUAAAGUUCUUGACUUUUAGCCAAUUUAUACUAUUCUUGAAGUUCUUGGCUUUGUGGGUUUGUCAUUUGUGGUGCUAAAUAUAGAAAGUGUUUGUUUUUGCUGAUUCUUGGAAAGUACAAGGUGCUUUUGAAGUUUUGAAAAAGGAGAGAUUUUUGGUGUUGUUGGAGGGGAUUUGGUUUUCUCCUUUUUUUUUUUUUUUUUCUCUCUGAGUUUGACAGUUGAAUCCCAAAAAUGGGAAUUUGGAUUCUUGAAUUUUUCCUGGUUUUAACAGUGUUAUUUAGGCCUUUGGUUUGUCAGCAACCAAACACUGAUGGUUUCUUUGUCUCUGAUUUCUUGAAAAAAAUGGGUAAAGUUCACAACUUUUCAGCUCAUUUUUGUUCUUGGAAAGGUGUAGGAUGUGAUUCAAAGGAAGAAAAUAUUGUCAAUUUGACAGCUAAAAGUUUUGGUUUAUCUGGUAUUAUUCCUGAUAAUACUAUAGGUAAACUCACUAAACUUCAGUAUUUGGAUCUGAGUAACAAUGAUCUCACUGGUUUACCUUCUGAUAUUUGGAGUUUAGGUUCACUUAAGUACCUUAACCUCUCACAUAAUCACAUUUCUAAUGACCUUUCAAGUAAUAUAGGCAAUUUUGGUGAGCUUGAAAUCUUGGACAUUUCUGUUAACAAUUUCUCUGGUAAAAUUCCAGAAGCCAUUAGCUCUCUUUCAAGAUUGCAUUCUCUUAAUCUUAGUAAGAAUGGGUUUGAGUCAGAUUUGCCUUAUGGAAUCUUGAAUUGUCAUUCUUUGGAAUUUCUUGAUAUUUCAGAAAAUAGACUUAGUGGUUUACAUGAUGGUUUUGGUGCUGCAUUUCCAAAGCUUAAGUUCUUGAAUCUUGCGGAAAAUGAGAUUAAUGGGAAAGAUUCGGAUUUGUUAGGGAUGGUUUCGAUCACUCAUCUCAACAUUUCAGGAAAUUUGUUUAAGGGUUCUGUUGUUGGUGUUUUUGAGGGGCCAUUGGAAGUGAUUGAUUUGAGUAGAAACCAAUUUCAAGGUCAUAUUUCUCAGGUAAACUUCAGUUCCAGUUUCAAUUGGUCUCAUUUGGUUUAUCUUGAUUUAUCUGAGAAUCAUCUUAGUGGAGAGAUAUUUAAGGAGUUAAUCAAUGCGCAAAGUCUUCGAUACCUUAAUCUUGCACAUAAUAGAUUUUUACCACAAGAAUUUCCACAUGUUGAUAUGUUAUCUGGUUUAGAGUAUCUUAAUUUCUCUGGAACCAGUUUGAUUGGCCAUAUUCCUCAAGAGCUCUCGUCGUUGAGUCACUUGAAAAUCCUUGACAUAUCCAAAAACCAUCUUAGUAACCGCAUUCCUGUAUUGAGCAAUAGAAAUCUCCAAGUUCUUGAUGUUUCAUACAAUAAUUUGACUGGUGAUAUCCCUUUGCCACUUCUAGAGAAACUUCCCAAUAUGGAAAGGUUCAAUUUCUCUUACAAUAAUCUAACUCUUUGUGCUUCUGAGUUCUCCUCGAAAACGUUCCAAUCGGCUUUCAUUGGUUCAUCAAAUGGAUGUCCUAUUGCUGCCAAUCCUGCUCUUUUCCAUAGGAAAGCUCCAAAACAUAGAGGACUCAAACUUGCAUUGGCUUUAACUUUCUCUAUGGUGUUUCUGCUUUUGGGGUUGUUGUUCUUGGCGUUUGGUUGUCGAAGGAAAACCACGAUAUGGGUGGUUAAACAGAAUUCUUACAAAGAAGAACAGACUAUUUCAGGCCCCUUUUCGUUUCAGACUGAUUCAACCACUUGGGUUGCUGAUGUUAAGCAAGCUAACUCGGUGCCCGUGGUUAUUUUUGAGAAGCCACUUUUGAAUUUCACAUUUGCAGAUCUCUUGUCUGCGACUUCUAAUUUUGAUCGAGGUACAUUGUUAGCUGAAGGGAGGUUUGGUCCGGUUUAUAGAGGCUUUUUACCAGGUGGGAUUCAUGUGGCAGUGAAAGUUCUUGUUCACGGUUCGACAAUGACAGACCAAGAAGCUGCAAGAGAGCUCGAGUAUCUUGGCCGGAUAAAACAUCCAAAUCUUGUGCCGUUGACCGGAUAUUGCUUGGCUGGUGAGCAAAGAAUUGCCAUUUACGAUUACAUGGAGAACGGAAAUUUGCAGAAUUUGCUUCAUGACUUGCCACUCGGGGUUCAAACUACCGAGGACUGGAGCACAGACACGUGGGAAGAGGAUGAUAAUAACAGUAUUCAGAAUGUUGGUUCUGAAGGAUUGUUGACAACAUGGAGAUUUAGGCACAAGAUUGCGCUUGGCACAGCUAGAGCCCUUGCAUUUCUCCACCACGGUUGCUCGCCUCCCAUUAUACAUAGAGAUGUGAAAGCUAGCAGUGUUUAUCUUGAUAUAAAUUUGGAACCAAGAUUAUCUGAUUUUGGAUUGGCUAAAAUAUUUGGCACCGGACUUGAGGAUGAGAUCACUCGCGGUUCACCUGGAUAUAUUCCCCCAGAGUUUCUUCAGCCAGAGAGCAGCAGCUCCCCGAAAUAUCCAACACCAAAGUCAGAUGUGUAUGGAUUUGGAGUCAUUCUUUUCGAGCUAAUUACCGGGAAAAAACCAGUUGAAGAUGAUUAUCCAGAAGACAAGGAUGCUGAUUUGGUUGGUUGGGUUAGAGGAUUAGUAAGGAACAACCAGGGAUCAAGAGUUAUCGAUCCAAAAAUUCGUGGAACUGCAUCGCAAACUCAAAUACUAGAAGCCUUGAAAAUUGGUUAUCUAUGCACAGCUGAAGUUCCUGCGAAACGACCGAGCAUGCAUCAAGUAGUUGGACUGCUUAAGGAUAUUGAGCCUACACAACAAUAAAGAUUUAAGGAUACAGAAACAUUGGCUCAAUGCAUAAAUUUUUACCUCUCUUCAUUUUGGUGUUCUGAGUUCUCCUUCUUGUGUUUGCCACAAGAGGAAUUGUACAUUAGUCCAAUAUUUUUGUUUGCUGCUUUAUGCCAUGUUUCUCAUUUUCCUUUUAACAUUUCCACUAGCAAAGGUUUAAGUUAUAGUACAAAAUGGACUUGCUUGACCCUUGAGAAGGAAAAAAGUUUUCCACUCAUUUCCAUUUGUGUUUUCCAAUUCUUUGAAAUUCUUACAAGUUUUUGGCA